AGCAAGAGUAAAACUCAGUUGCUUGAGAGAGCAGCAGCUCAGAAGUGCAUGGGAUGUCACGGACGCCAGGCCUCUCUAGGUUUCACCACUCCUCCUCUCCACCAUGAUCAACACUUACCAGACCAGCCUGGCUGCACCGCCGGUGCCGCCGCGCCUCAGCAGGUCCAACCCGGUCCUCUUCCCAGCUCCACUUACAUCAUCAGGAGGCCACAGCAAGUCCCUCAUCAGGUUUCUGGUCGGUGUGGCACUGCUGCAUUUAUUCCUGACGGUCGGCGGAUUCAUCUAUCUGUACCAGAGAAGCGUGAUGGGAGGACCUCCCUCAGCUGAAGGAAAAGCGAGUUAUUAUGCAUCAACAAAGCAGGAAGCUUCUUAUAAAAUCUUGGCACGCAUGGCAGUUGCGCGACCAGACAAAACUCCAGUGAAAUCUACAUCGGAUUAUCUUAAGUGGAACACUGACCACUCAACCCUCCGGGGCAUCAACUACUACCACAACAUCUGGCUGACUAUCAACCAGUCCGGUGACUACUACGUCUACUCCAGGGUGACCUUCUCCAAGGGGGACCCUCAGCGCCCCCUGGCCAGCAGGAUAAAGCUGAAGAAGAGCGUGGAAGAAGCAGAGGAGAAGACUGUGAUGCAGGCCUUCUGCAACCUGGACAGCCACAGCGGGUCUGGGGCGAUCCCACGCAUGUGCACGGCCUCGCAGGGAGAGGUGAUCAGUCUGGAGAAAGGAAACCAGCUCGGUCUCUGGGUACAAGACCUCUCACUGGUGAACUACGAGGACGGAUCUACAACCUUUGGGAUGUACAAACUGUAGGACUCCAAUGUGAGCACGUGCACGGACCUAAACUCAAGGGCGACAGCUUUUGAAGUGGAUGGAAGCUACUGAGAACACUGUUUAGUAGACUGGAUCAAUGAGCAAACUAAUUUCAGUGGAUUUCAGAGACAAAGACCACUUUCCUAAACUAUAAUUUAUUAAAUCAGAUUUAAUUUAGUCUUAUUUUCUGUGUCAGUAUUGUGAACAUUUGUUCUGUAUUUAUUGAUGUACAUGGCUGUGAAAUGAAAUUUUGAUAUUUAAUCUAAAAAAAAAUUUUCUCUUCUCUUCAGUUUGUCUUGCAUGUGGCAGGUUUCAGGGGUUUGUUAGAAGUAAAGUAGACACACACAUUUCACUACCGAGCUACACAUGCACACGUGCAUGAGAAUGGAGAAUAUCUUAAAUAGAGG